AACUUGCUAUUUAAUUUCUAGCUUUGCAGUGGAAAGCUUCCUUGUGCCUUAAGUAACCGCAAGCUGGUACUCUGUGCUAGCCAUAUAUUCUAUUUUUUUUCAUGUCAUGUACGUUGAUUGUCAUUGAAAUUAAGUGUAGGUUUGAUAUCAGCAGUAGACAGGUUUAUUUACUGCAAUAAAUUGAUGGUAUGCAAAAAUAUGCUAAACAGUGUCGGCCUACUUAAUAACAAGCUAAGCCAAGUCAUAAACGUGCCGAACUAAUGUACUCAUUUUGAUAAUUCACCUUUCGGAUACAUUCAGUGUUACAAACUAGAUUCAUUUGCCAGUAUGAGAUUCAAUGAUGCGUUUUGCUGGAUGCGCGGCGUUACGGUCAAGUGUCCCUGGGCGAUUCCAAACAGCUUGCUUCCGACAGCAAGUCGAUCAAGACUCUGUUUAUUGAUUGUUGGACAUGAUGGGGCUACAGCAGGCGAUACUGUACAUUGCCAGAACAACUCUGCAAAUCUCCCUUUUUAAUUUUUAAUAUUAUGGUUAACGUUAUGGUCAGUAGACUGUGAUGUAUAGUACACAGUAAUAAACAUUAACGUUAAAUAUCCCAGACUACCUGAGAAGUGUAGUAAUGAAUGUAAACGACGCACUGUUCUAUUGCUCCGGUUUAUUUUAACAGCUACAUGUUGGUCUUCCUACUUCUACCAAGGGCCUCUGGUGUCAUGCAUACUUCGAAAAAAAACCUACUUUGUACAACAAUUCAUUGGGAUUGUUUAAAAAAAAAAAUGUUGACUUCUUGGCACUUUCACUGAGAAGCUGAGGAGUGGUUGGAGAACCACUGCAUAAAAGAAUCCCCUGAAGAUCGUUCUACCUUGAAAAGAUCUGCCAGGAACCUCUACGUUCUACCAAUAACAUCUUUAUUAUAUGUAGGCUCUUAUAAAGUGUUAUAACAAAAAUCCUUUUAUCUUUAUAGGGUUUUUCCUAGAAAUCUCCACUAUUGAUUAUAGAAGCAGUAGCCUAAAUAUUACACUCUUAAUGACAGGGUUAGGAAAGUGGAUUUGUUUUUGGAACAUAAUUAUAGAUUAUACAUUUGUAUACAUUUUUACCCAUCCAAUUGAUCACAAGAAGAGAUACAAUUUGAAAAUUAAAAAAAAAAAAAAAAAGGCAUGAAAGCUACCACAAACUAAACCUUAACACUGAUUCAUUUUACUUAAGGUUGUUUAUUGCACUAAGGUGAAGGGCUGAGGAAAUGGGGCAAACUGUGUUCCACUAUCAUACUGCUACAUGUGGAAAUAAUUAGAAGUGAACCUCUCGAGAGUCUCAUUUUGCUUCACUCCAGAGGCUCUUUUGUAGUAUUUGACAUCUUUUGGAGGAUCCACACUGCUCCCGUAAUGUAAGUAAACUGCACAGAGUAAUAAAAAAACUAUUGUCUGACAAGAACAGAGUCGGAAAACCCUCGUAGUCUUCUUAGUUGCGCAGUGCAGAUAUUUCAGUGCCCUUCAUUCCUUCUAUAGACACAGACAGACACCAGUUCUUCCUGCCUCCUCUGUCUUACGAUGGGGCCCUGUGGGAUAAACAGGCCGACAGUCAGCAUGCUGAGUCAGACACUCUGGCUUAAUGUACUGCCAUAAUCAUUCCCUGGACCAGCAAGCUACGACGCUGGAGUGAAACCAAUUUUCCCACAGAGUGACCCAAUCAGUUUGGGGUGUCUUGGCUGAACUGCUGAAGAAAGGUUAUGUCAGCUAACUCUGCCCCUCUACGUAGCCUCUUUAUUAUCUUUAUACUAGACUCUUUCUUUCUGCUAUUCACCAUCCUGGUCUCCCCCAGUCCUGCUCUGUCAAGUGACAGUCUGUUAUUCUGGCGACUCGGCGUUCCUCCACCUAGGUCUGACCAUGCCUGUGUCCCUCCUGUGGGCAGUGGACGUGUACGGCCGCGUGUUCAGCCUGUCCACCGGGGGGCAGCAGUGGGAGCACUGUUGCGAUGCAGUGUUAGAGUUUAAGAGAUUGACGGCAGUUCAACAGUGCUGCUGGGGAAUCGCCUGUGACCACCACAUCUACCUGAAUGUCCACGCUAGUGAUGUGCCCAUACGCUACCAGGAAGAGGCGUAUGAGAACCAGCGAUGGAAUCCUGUGGAUAACUUCUCGGAUCGCUUGUUGCCGAGUGACCGUUGGCAGUGGAGUGACAUCACAGGGCUGGAACACAAACCUCUGGAUGGCUUCUUGCUUCCCUCGACCAACUGGGAAUGGGAGGGGGACUGGUACAUCGAUGAGAACUUUGGAGGAGAGCCCACAGAGAAAGGAGGCUGGACUUACGCCAUAGACUUCCCUGCCACCUACACCAUAGACAAGAAGUGGAACUCGUGUGUCCGUCGCCGGCGAUGGAUCCGUUACAGGAGGUACAAGGCUACGGACACCUGGGCCAAGAUCCCGUCAGAGGGUCAAAGUGGUCCCUUGCCAGACCCCUUUAAUGACAUCAGCUGUGGGGGAUGGGAGAUUAGUGAGGAACCCAGGGGGAGGCUGUCCCUCUGGGCUGUUUCUCUACAGGGCAAGGUGUGGUUCCGUGGAGGUAUCCACCACCACACCCCGGAGGGGAUGAGCUGGGAAGAGGUGUCCCUGCCCGGGGAGGUGGUGCAGAUCAGCUGUGGUCCUGGGGACCUGGUCUGGGCCGUGCUCUGGGAAGGACAACUCAUCGUCAGGGAAGGCAUCACCAGAGACUGCCCCCAAGGCUCCUCUUGGGUAGUUGUGGACUCUCCUAACCCAGAGGUGGGGACCAUCCACGUCGCUGUGGGGGUCAGCGUAGUCUGGGCCGUGACCAAGGACAACAAGGUGUGGUUCAGGCGUGGCAUCAACUCCCAUAAUCCUUGUGGCUCCGGCUGGAUCGGUAUGGUCGGGGAGAUGGUCAUGAUCAGCGUGGGCCUCAAUGACCAGGUGUGGGCCAUCAGCCGGGAAGACCGGGCCGUGUACUUCCGUCAGGGUGUGACCUCCACUGAGUUGAGUGGUAAAGCCUGGAAGGCUGUCAGUGUGCCCAGAGACGGAGACAUCAGACCCAACUCCUCCACCAGCACUAGCAGUCUGCACAGUGCUGGAUGUUUCUUCAGCGGUGAGGUGCGAGCCCAGUCAGUGAUGAGUGAGGACUCAGACACAGAGGCCGAUCCUCAGAGGGCCGUCCAUGAGGUGGGGGCCAGUGUUUCGUCCCCUCCCUCUGUGCACCUCUCUAAUGACCCGGAAGCCCCCAAACCGCGCAUCCCGAAGGUCACCAGUGACAGCUUCAUCUCCGAGAUGCUCUCAGACCGCGAGACCAAACGGGAUGGUGCCGCCGCUACCUCCAUCCCAGAAGAGGAGGUCACUCCCGGGGAUGCCGAGGCCAAGUCUCCCCCUCCGGCCCUGGUUCUGUCCCCCAGCCAGUCCGGAGGGCCUGGGGACCCCCAGUGGAGUACCGUGGACCUGGAAGAGGCCCAGACACACCUGGCCGUGGGGCCUGCAGCGGGACGAGGGGACAGCUCUGACACCUGCAGCCUGUCCUCUGUGGUCACAUGCAUGCUGGGCCUGGAGGGGCUGUAUGGGCCUGAUGAUCACCCUCUGUGGGCUUGGGUCAGCGGGGGAGGCUGUGCUGUGGACUGUCACACACAGCUGAACUGGUUCAACUCUGUCACUGCCCUGACGUCAUCCAUCCAGGCCAUGAGUCUGUCCGUCAGUCCAGCCCAGACAGCAGCCUGGCGGAAGCAGAUCUUCGAGCAGCUCAACGAGCGCUCCAAGAGAGAGAUUGACAACUUCAAACACUACGAACAAGCCAUAGAACAGUCUGUGUGGGUGAAGAAAGGCACAAUGCAGUGGUGGAGAGACUGGAAACCCCAUAAGUGGGUGGAUGUGAGGUUUGCCCUGGAGCAGUUCUCAGGACCAGAGGGACACAAGGACGGCAUUGUCUUCCUCUACUACAACUUCAAUGAGGAGAAGAAAUACCUUCAUGCUUUCAUCAACGAGGUGACCAUAUUGGUGCCCGUGCUGAAUGACUCCAAACACACCUUUGCCAUCUACACAGCAGAGAGGACCAAACAGAGGUGGCCAAUCAAACUGGCUGCUGCCACUGAGAUGGAGAUGCAUGACUGGCUGGCUCUACUGAGUGUGUCGUGUUGUGAUUCCCGCGGGAUCCAGGGCCCCCCCUCUAAACAGGCCAUCUGGUCAAUCACCUGUAAAGGCGACAUCUUCGUCAGCGAACCUUGGCCCAGUCUGGAGGCCUGUCCAUACCCCACACCCUGUGAUCAGAUGUUCUGGCGUCAGGUGGGGGGCCAUCUGCGUCUGGUGGAGUGUAACAGUGUGGGGGUGGUGUGGGGGCUGGGCUAUGACCACACUGCGUGGGUGUAUACCGGGGGCUACGGAGGAGGAUUCUUCCAGGGCCUGGCCAGCAGUACGGACAACAUCUUCACCCAGACAGACGUGAAGAGUGUGUAUAUCUAUGAGAACCAGCGGUGGAACCCGGUCACAGGGUACACCAGCAGGGGACUCCCGACGGACCGCUACAUGUGGAGCGACGCCACAGGACUGCAUGAGUGUACCAAGGCCAGCACCAAGCCUCCGUCCCCUCACUGGACAUGGGUGACGGAGUGGGCCGUUGACUACGGCGUCUCGGGAGGGACGGACAGAGAGGGUUGGCAGUACGCGGCUGAUUUUCCCACGUCCUAUCAUGGCUACAAGACCUUGAAGGACUUUGUUCGCCGGAGGCGAUGGGCCAGGAAGUGUAAACUGACAACCACAGGGCCGUGGCAGGAAGUCCCGCCCAUUCCGUUGAGUGACGUGACCAUCCUCCCAUGUGGAGAUCAGAGUGUUGUAGAGCAGAUUCCUCUGUGGGCGAUCAGUAACAAGGGAGAUGUACUCUGCCGACUGGGGGUCACCCUGCUCACGCCUGCCGGUACGUCUUGGCUCCACGUGGGCACCGACCAGCCCUUUAAAUCCAUCUCCAUCGGGGGGGCCAGCCAGGUUUGGGCCAUCGCCAGGGACGGCUCUGCUUUCUACAGGGGAUCCGUGUCCACGCAGAACCCUGCAGGGGACUGCUGGUACCACAUCCCUUCUCCAGCCCGGCAGAAGCUCAAACAGGUGUCUGUAGGGAGGACGUCGGUCUACACUGUGGAUGAAAACGGUAACCUGUGGUAUAGGCAGGGCCUGACCCCCAGUUACCCCCAGGGGUCGUCAUGGGAACACAUCUCCAACAAUGUGCGCAAGGUUUCCGUUGGACCCUUGGACCAGGUGUGGAUCAUAGCGGAUAAGGUGCAGGGAAGCCACAGUCUGAGCUGCGGGACGGUGUGUCACCGUCUGGGGGUCCAGCCCAUGGAGCCCAAGGGACAGGCCUGGGACUACGGCAUCGGGGGCGGCUGGGACCACAUCACUGUGAGGGGAAACAACAUUGAGGCUCCUCGUGUCCGCAUGCCCUCCCUGACGGACGCCCUCCGCCCACCGUCAACACUCGCCGCUCGUCCGCUGCCCGCCGGGAACACAGAGAACGGCAACGCUGUCCAGUGUUAAACCUGCCGCCCCCCCCCCCCCCCACACUACUGGCUGGUGGGCAGUGUACCUGGUGUUCUCACCACAACCCAACUCUCUUGUCAAGUGGUCCACAAUGCAACACUCCAUCUACAACACAAUCUCCAGUCUCAGCCUCAAAGGCUCUGACCUUUGAACCCUAGCUCUUUGCCCUCACUUUCACCCAGCCAAUCACCUUUUCUCAUCACAACUGGCGGAUCAUCUUGAGCCAUUUCUUUAUGUUCCCAUUUUUAAAGUAUUUUAUCAUUGCAUCUUUGUUAUUUAAGUUUGUGGUCUGAAGUUGUGUUUUAUUCAUAGUUCUUUUGUGUUUGGUUUAAUGUUGUUUUCUGUGUGUGUAACAGUGGUUACAGUAUUGAAUGUGAGUAAAUGUGUUAUUUAUGUUAGGUUGGUUAUGGGUUUAUCUUUUUAAAAGAACAUAAGGUCAUUUAAUGUGCUUGGGGCCUAUGUAUGAGGCUUUGAAGGUACUCACUGUAAACAUGGGUGAAACAGCAAUCAGCCCAAAUAUUUGUGACUUUCUCCAAAUAGUAUGUUAUAAGAAGUUCCUAUACACAAGGUUUUACCUGCUGGCAACAGGUAAAGAUUCCACACCAAAAACAGUGUGUUCAUUUCCUGAGAAAUGUGGUUCUUAAUGAUUGAUAAGAUGGUGCUGUUAUGGCUAGUUGCCUUUCCCUCUAGUUUGUCCUGGUGUUGGCUACAGUGAAGAGUUUCUAUGGCCAUGUUCCUUAGGGACUGUUGUUUUAUGCAACAUUUCUACAUUACAUUAGAAAAUAACACAUAGUUCUUAUUUUGUGGAGAAAAUGUGCAAUAUGUAGUUCUACACUGGAGACACGUGGGAAUUGCUUGGAACGUCAAUUAUCUUUGUGAGGCUUUAAUGUGAAUCUUUUUAUUUCUCCAGAGAUAUUUCUCCUAAAUGCUGUCCUUUGGUUGUUUUUGACCUCCAGUGAUUGUAACAGUAAUGACCGAAAAGGCACAGUGUUAGUGGAGAAGAAAAAAUUAUAUAUUUAUAUAUAAUCUAUAUACCGGUAUUGUAUAUAGUAUUCAGUGUAUCGAGAAAGUAUUUUCUCCCUUCCAGAUUCAAUAUUGUUCAUAUUUUUUAAAACUGAUUGUUAUCAGUUCCUAAACCAAAACUUAUCAUCACAUAAAAUUAACCUGAGUGGACAUCAUUUUGUUGCUAAUUUUCUGUAUUGAACAAAGUUGUGCAACACUCAAUUCCUCUGUGUGAAACUGUAUCCAGUUAUGCUCAAUAAUUGGUUUGCCAAUUUUAGUUGGUUUGCCAAGCAUAGUAAAAGCUUUCUGCAGAAAUUGUGCGGUGAGGAAUUUUGGCCCACUCUUCUGUACAUAUUUGCUCUUGGGAAAGACUUUUGUGUUGGGGGGUUUGUUGCAUGUACUGCUUGUUUCAAUUUCGUGAUUAGGUUUAGGGCUGGGCAUUGACAAAAACUAGACUUUCUUUUGAGUUUCAGAUUCUCUUUUUACUUGAACCAGCUGCACGUUAUCUUCAGCUCACAAACAGGUUGCCUUCAAUUUGUCUUUAGAAUUCAGUGAUACAGAGAAGACAUGCAUCUCAUUAAGGCUGCAUUCCACAUAUUGACCCCAUAUCUAAGGUCAAGUAUCCUGUAAAUUACUAUGAAUUUUGUUUGAUAUGUUAAAACAUCUGACCAGGAAAAACUAAAAGGUUGCUGGAUUUGAUUCCAUGAGCCGAAAAAGUAGCACACCUAUUGUUCUAUCGUUUAGCAAGACAGUUGACCCAAAUUACUCCUGUAAAUUGAGCAACUUAAAUUACUUAAGUGUAGAACCUGGGGCUCAAUCUUAAAUGCAGCUGGAUCAUGCAGCAAGACAAUGAUCCAAAACACACAUGCAAAUGUACAUACAAAUUGGUGAAAAGCAAAAAAUUGGGGGUGCCUGCAUAGCGUAGCAGCCUUAGUUGCUGCCUUACUCUAUCGGGGUGUCUUAGCGGCUAGUUUUAAUCCUGGUGGUGGCAUACCAACAGAGCCCAUGAGUCUAGCACAGGCCAGUGAAGGUUCACGGUGGAUAGGUAGGAUGUUGGAGAGCAUAUCUUGUUGCACUCUAGCAACUUCUGGUGGUAGGUCGGCAUCUGCAAGCUAAAUCGUUGGGCGGAGGAUGCGCUCUCCUCUGAAUGCAUAGAUGCUGUCAAGUACUUCCUGGUUAAGCGAGCAUUGUGAAAACGAUCCAUCUUCGCAAAUUAGAACGCAAGAAAUUGAAAAAGGAGACAUGUAGGGGACAUUUUUUCUUUUAAAUUAAUUAUAAUAAAAUACUAACAAAUUUUGUUUUUAAAUGGCAUAGUCAAUGUCCAGACUUAAAUCCACUUGAGAUAUUGUGGCAGGAACUCAACAGUACAGUUCAUGCUAAAAAAUAGAAAAAAUGUGGAAAGGUAUAAAUACUUUCUCACACACUAACAUGUAUAGAAUGGGUUAUUGUUGUAAAAGUUGUAUUAGCCAUAUUAUUAUCUUAUUCACUAUUAAUCAUGAACCACAGUGGCUGAAACAAUCACAUCUGGGCAUUAUUAUUACUGCUGUAAAUGUAAAACGAUAAGCCAGUAUGACAGAUGUCCUUGAACUACAAUUAAUGAAUUGUAUAAAAAACUGGUUCUAUGACUUCUUUUGGAAGUUCCCAAUACUAAGGGGGUGUUGGAUGAUAAUGUAUCGACUGACCACUUUAUAUUGUAUUAUUAUGAUGUGAUUUUAGUUAUAAAUGUACAUGCUCCUACAGAAUGGAGACAUGCUUUUGAUGCUAAGGUGUAAUUCUACAGGAGGAACUUUCCCUUUAAAUGAUUCCACAGUUUGUAUUGACAAUAAUGUCAACUAGAAUACUGUUAGCAGGUACUGUUUUAACCCCAAAAAGGCUAUUACCAAGUUGUAGAUUUCUUCCUUUCAGUAGUGUGCAUGGUCAAUGUCCUAUCAAUAAAUGUGAUUACUAAUAA